AUUUUCCAGACUGAUUUAUACGGGCAAAAUAUUUUAAAUAUUACGCAUCCUGAAGAUCACAGCAUAAUGAAACAACAAUUAAUACCUUCCAAUGCCAAUGAGCUUUUUGAUACACAGCCCGAUGAUGAGUCUGGUGAUGCCCGACCUCGCACCAAAGAGGAGGAGGAGUACAUCGAUAAACGUUUGCGUGCGGACAAGCGAAGUUUCACUCUUAGAUUGGCCCGGGCCGGUCCCCGUUCAGAACCAACUACAUAUGAAAUUGUCAAGAUAGAAGGAAAUUUCAGACGCAGUGAUGCGGCGCCGCGAGGCGUUAAAGUCAGCACAUUUCCCUCCAAUCUACCAAUGAUACGACGUUGUCGUGCUCGCGAUGAUACGAUACCGUUGCACUCGAUAAGUGGAAAUGAUAUUGUGUUAAUUGCAACGGCGCGUAUAAUUCGUCUACCCAAAGUAAUAAACUGCGUCACGGCAGCCAACUCAAUGGAGUACAAAACGAGACAUUUAAUUGAUGGCAGUAUUAUUGACUGCGACCAAAGAAUUGGACUUGUAGCCGGUUACAUGACAGACGAAGUACGAGGCUUGAGUCCGUUCACCUUUAUGCACCAGGAUGAUGUGCGAUGGGUUAUUGUAGCUCUGCGCCAAAUGUACGAUUGCUAUAGUUCAUCUGGAGAGUCCACCUACAGACUUAUAACCCGCAACGGUCACUUUAUUUAUCUGCGCUCAAAAGGCUACCUGGAAGUCCACAAAGAAACAAAAAAGGUGCAUUCUUUCAUUUGCAUAAAUACACUGCUCAGCGAAGAGGAGGGCAAACAGCGAAUUCAAGAGAUGAAAAAUAAAUUUUCUAUGAUUGUAAAUACGAAAAUUCCACAAUCCUCCGUGGAUGAGCCAGCCUCGAAGAAUCCCCAACAACUGGAAAAAGCGGUUCUAUGCCUUAUACAAAACUUACAAAAAUCGCCAAUGGCAGAAGACGGAGAGGAUGAUGGCGACUCGUCCACAGAGAGUUAUGGCAGUGAACAUAUGUCUCCAGAAUUCGGUCCAACAACAUCUGCGGCAGCAAUGCAUCAUUAUAACACCACCACUCCUCCAACACUAUACUCAUCGAUACGUGCGGCAGCCUUUCAUUUCGGAAGGUCGGCGAAAACUCCACCGCUUGCGCUGGUGCCGCCCGAAGCUUCUUCCGUCAAAACAUCCAUAUCGAAAGGUGCAGAUGUAGUCAACGUAACUGUAGUUAAGCACUUGCAAAGCAAUACACCAUCACAUUCGAAAGAAACAGAUGACUGUGAGGGUGGAACGCAAUUUGAUUUGCAAGCUGAGUCGGCUGGAGCAGCACCACUUCGCGACAGCUGCUUAUGUGCGGGUAUGAAGGAAGAGUAUUGUAACUAUUGCCAAACACUGGAAAGUCAACUAGCAAGCUGCUCGUCACCUGCGCCUCCGCCUACCACACACGCCACAGUCGUUGGCAUUGCUGCAGACGUAGCUGGAAAUAAGCGUAGUAGCGAACCGAUAUCUGGUCAAGAAUUAAGGCUACCCAAAAAGCGUUUAAAGAGCACAGAAAUCGAGCAUGUGCUUUCAAGCUCAUUGGACCAAUUAGGUAGAACGCUGGAUGAACAACUGAAUGCAGCAAUUGAGCUAAGGGACGCGAGUAAUAAGUACGAGAUGCCUAAUUCCACUCGAAGGAUUGACGAAAUAAUGGAGGAACACCAAAUGCAAAGUAAAAUCUACGUAGACAUCAAAAGUGAAUACGAGGUUCAAAAACAAAAUACGAGGGAAAGCAUGCUAGCCACGACACUAACAGCAUUAACGCCGCUAGCGUCACUUACAAGUAAUCAACAACAAAUGCCAUUGCAACAACAUAGUGACGAUGAUAAUGAUGAGCAGACGGGGGAAAACUAAACGGUGAUGUUUAUUCCGUUGUAGCCAAUGAUGGGUCGAAUGCCAAGACGCAUGCUCGGCAAGAUGCAACUGCAUCGAAUUUUUUGUUUGAGGUUUCACACUUUUAUGGCACAUAUAUGUAGAUAACACAGGUUACAGAACGAAAGAUCAUCAAUUCAAGGAAUACAAAAAAUACUUAUGACAAAUGACGCCUCUACAAGGGGCGAAAAGGAAAUGAUAUUCUCUACACAAAUAUCUAUCAAGAUGGUCGGCACUUGGUUGCCAACUACCUCAUUUUUUAUGAAAAUAUCUCUAAAAAUAUGUAGUUUUUUAUUUUUUAAUGGAAAGGAAAAGAAAAGCAGUUGUACAUUUGUAUGCAUGCACUGCAUACAUACAUACAUUGUAGGUGUGUGAAAUGCAUACAUACGUACUAUCCAUACAAUGUGAGGGUGCCAUAUCAAUUACGCUUUUGGCAGUAUCUCACCAUAGCGUAUGAGUGAUGUUUAAAUUUGCAUUAGAUGGAAUACGCUCAUGCAUAUAUUAAGUAGUUAUGUAUGUGCAUAAAGUGUGUAUCAUACUUCCGCUUGUACACUGGUGCAUACUAUAGUCACUUAUGAGUGUCAAUCCAUAUUAAAUCGGCCAAUAUUUGGAAUCGACUAUUUUUGAUUUUUAUGGAUUUUGGUUAGAACUUUUGUUUUAUCAUAUAAAAAAAAAGUUCUGCCAC